GUGCCAAAAUCUGCGGAGAGCUUAUUCAAAGAUUCGAAACAAUCCCAACCAAGGCGGAAGAACUUCAAUCUCUUAUUAAUCGACAGCUUCUACGAAAAUUGCCUGUGACUUCUGAUGAGGAGCAAAUUUAUCCUGGAAUAAAAGAUUAUGUCUGUACGACAGAGAAUGAACGUCGAAGUACGAUAGCGAAAAACAUCAGUAGUGCUUUUACAAUUGAUAUGAAAUUCUCUGAAAACAAAUCUGAGAGCAUGUUACAUUAUCCGAUAGAUGCUAUGAUCAGAGUUCCACUCGAAACUUUUAAUAAAUAUAUUGGUGGAGCUUUACCCAUUGAAAUUGAUCGAGAUACUACUAUGAUAAGUUCAAAACGGCCUGAUUUUCUAUGCUGGACAAAAAAACUACUUCUAUUUAAGGGUGAGGAGAAGGCAAGCUCUGGUGAAUUUAACACGGCCGUAGAAGAAUUAGAAGAGAAAUUUAAUGUACUUGAUCCUAUAUGUUUUGGUAAAAUUCAGUUUAUGAUCGGCUAUGCUGUUGCGGGGUCAACUGUGCGAUUCUAUGCAAUUGAUGGUUCAAUAGAAGCUAAGAAAAAACCAAGUAUACUAUCCCCGCUUACCAGCAAACUUAAUGCUAGCAACCUUGUGGAUAGAUUUACUAUUUUCCGCACAGUUGUAAACAUUGCUCGUAUC